AUGAACGCUGCCGCAGCAGAGGGAAACAAGGCCGCUCCUCCAAAGUUCAAGCAGAAGGAGGCUCGUCAGUUCAAGAGCAAGGCUCCUAAAGCUGGACAGAAGGGGUUUGACAACGACGUCCCAGGAAUGGAGGGUCUUGGAGACUCUGCGGUGGUUUGCCCCUGGGAGGCGUUUGGCGACAUGGAGCUGAGCGACCUGGCACAGUUUGGCAUUGUGUAGACGUGUCAGAUGAAGGUUUAAACCUUGAUCCUGCACUGAUUAUUUCACAGGGUUGAGAAGAAUGUUUGAGGCUUUGGUAGAAAUUGUUGAAUGAUCUCGGUGGGAUAGAUCUGUGCAGGACCAGGGUUUAAACCCCCAAAUAUACCUCUAUUUAUCUUACUGUAGGUACUAUAUUAAAGUAUAUAAACUAUUUUU